CGAGCUUCAACCAAUCUAAAAAUGGCUGUCCCACGUUUCCGUUCAUCAUAUCACAACUCAGCCAGCUUCAGCUUUCGCGAGGUUUCGUUAUUGGGAUCGUCACACACUCGGCAAUUUGCAAACCAAUCAGCAGAGAUUCCGCCCCUACCUUCUAAUGUUCGCCCAAGCACUUUACUCCAAGACUUUCAUCUCACUUGGUUGGAUCAACAUAUCAAACAUUCGCCUUCACCAUCAGUCAUCACGCCGAUCAAGAAGUUGGUUGAGCAAGCUCGUGGGAAUGAUCGAAAGCAAUUAGAUCCAUAUUCAUUAAAGUAUGAGCCAUACCCAAUUUCCGAGAGAAGGGUGGAUAUCAUGCGAAGCGCAGUUAGUCCGAUUUGGGACCGAGAAGAUGGAUUGCGUAAGGCGAUCGAGCAAGUUGCACGAAAUGAAUCACCGCGAAUAGUUGAUCAAAACCUUGACGAACCAGAUGGUGAUGGGAUUGUCUCAAUUACCUACAUCAUCUCCGACAGCCCAUCUCGUCUGAGGACAACAGUCAACCAGAGAAUGGCACCAGAUCUCAACCAAACCAUCACUUGCUCUGGAUUCGCGAUUCAACCUGAGAACUCAGCCGAGGUCUUGAUUGUGACUUGCGCUCAUACACUUUGGCAGAUAUCUGAUCGACUUGGUGCUAUUGCUAUUGAGAAAAGUGAAGGCACGAAUCACGUGAUUUCUGCUGGUCUGGUGAUGUCUAGUUCAGGAGAGAUCUAUAUGAUUGACGAAGUGAUUAGUGCUCUGAUUGACUCUGAUAUUUUGAUCUUACGACUACGUCAACCCAAGGAUGGGCCGAUUACAAAACUUCGUACCUUACCCAUCAGUCCCUAUCCAUGCCCUGAGCAAGCAUCAGUCUGGAUGUACCAGGCCUUUCGAGACUCUCGGCUUGGUAGACCUCGUUGGGCGCCAACACAGGUCAUCGAGUACAAAGAUGUCAUGGGAAUUGCUGCACAGCCCGGAACCUAUGAUGAUUUGGCCACUUUCAGUUUCGAGGCGAUUCCCGUUGCUGGCUCGUCAGGUGGACCAGUAAUUGACGAGCAAGGUGCAGUUGUCGGCUUGGUUCGUGGUCAUCAGUCUAGUUAUGGUGAACGAGCUAGUCGUGGGUUCGCGACGGUAUCUGAGAAAUUAUGGGAGGUAUUUGGCCUUCCUGGGUUUUUCACCCACUCGCAGCGCAAUGUACGAUGAGGAUGGAUGAGAGUUGGCCACCACUCAUGCCUAACGAGUGUACCGUAGUCUGAAAAGUUGUUUGAGCUAUGAAUUUCUAUUCUGUUUAAUUCAGACC